AUGUCCGAAAAGAUGGACAACAACUUUGGGCAGCUUCUAGGUGCGCUUCGCGCUCUCGCUCAGCCACCUUCGAUGCUGUCUGUUCAACAAGCGCCACCCACCUCAACCUCUACCCCACCGCUUCCUGCACCAAGCGCGUCGCCGCCCCCAACGCAGCCUUUCAUGAACCCCGCCUUUGUUCAUACGCCCCCUAACGCCAUGGACGCCCCCCCUUUAUUCCCCCUGCGACCUCUAACCCAGCAGCUGCAUGAGUUACGGCCACAGCAGCUGCACAAGCUGAUCACGUCCACCAAUGUUAAACAACUCAACCCCAACUCCCUCUUCAUGACCACAGACGGGCUGCAAAUUGCCGAAGCCUCUCUCUCACGCAAGCUGCCGUCGUUCGCGCUAUUCAUUCGCGCCCUCACCGUUUAUCUGGAUAUCCUCACCAACCACAUAGCCCUCACAACCAACAACUCAGCCAUGGUCUGCCACAUAGCACAUGGAGGUUUUUUCUACCUGAAGAUGCUGAACUACUAUAGUUCCAUCUACUCGUACAAAGCAAUUCUCGACUUCCACAUGGUAUUCCACGCCAAACGCCUCCGGGAGAUGGAACAGGGUAACUACUCGGGAUGGGGCAAGAUUGACUCUGACGCAGUAGCCGAGGUCUGGGACAUCAUCCAAAUCCAAAUCGAGAUCGGGCACCUCCCGUCAGGAAGAAGUUUGCAAGAACUUCAACAACGGCAAAUGUGCUUCCCCCUGUCGUCACAACCGCCUCCAUAA